AUGUCAUUUUUCUAAGACUUUAACAAAGUGAAAGUAAAAAAUAUCCUAAAUUCAGAAAUAACAAGAUAUUUUGGAGCUUCAGGACCUACAUUAAAAAGAUGGAGAAGCAUAGGUCGCUAAGUUGACUUAGAUGGCACAUGCAAGAAUACGCAAUUUUGAAAAGGUUUAUCAUUAUUUGGACGAAGAAGUAUUUAUAAGAUUAUAAAUAGAUUAUUAAUAGUAGAUCUUUAAAGGGAAUGGAUGAUAUGUAUAUAAUUGAAAAAGAUUUUUAUUUAGACCACUCUUAGUCAAAGAAGCAAAAAAUGAUUUAGACGAAAUGCUAAAAAUAAUUUAAGAGAUGCAAUCCAUUCAAUUGUUCAGAAAGACAGAGAAUGUAAAUAACCUUAUAAUUGACAAUUAGUCACAAAGAUAGCAAACCGUAUAGAAAUUGGUUCAAGUAUUCUCAGAUUCAAAUGAAAAAUUAAAAAAAUUAACCGAUUAGUUAUUAUCAAGAUAGCAGACAAGUUUAUAAUCUGCAAAACAAUCCAUAAAGGAACGUUAGAGCGACGAUUAAAUAAAUGUAUAAUUGUUAGAUGAAUUGCAAUAUGAUGAGGAAUUUAUAUAAAGAAGGAAUAAAUAGAUAAACGAAAUAGCAUAGUAUUAUUAUAACGUAUGUUAGAGUUAUAUACUAACUAAAUUAAAUGAUGGCAGAGGGUGCUGAAAUGAUAAAAAUCCAAGGACUUAAAAUUGAUAUCAUAGGGUAAAAUGUGAAAGGUGCCAAGGAAAAUGUGGAGGGUGCAAAGUCAGAAAUGAGUAAAGCCUCCUAAGUUUAAUAAGGAAAUAAUGGAAGAAUGUAAUAUUUCUAUUUGAGUGAGUUUAGGCUCUUCUUUUGUGGCAUCAUCACUUUGAUAGUUGUGAUUAUAGUAUUGUUGUUCAGUGCAGGUUCUAGACCUCAUACAGAUCCCAAUCCUUAAUAACCAUAAACAUAAAAUUGAUAUUAAUAUUCAUUAUAUAAUUCAC